AUGAGUCGAAAUUGGAGAGGAUUAUCAAAAAGGAAAUCAUCCGCUGCCGGUGGCCAACAUGAAAAGAUUGAAACACCUGCAGAAAGAGAAUUCAAAAAUAGAAAUAGAAAGGAUAAGAAAAAGGAUGGAGCGGGUAGCAAAUUAAGUAAACUGGUUCAUUCGUUGAAACCAAGGACUUCAUUUCUAUCUCCUAAUCAUAAUAAAGAGAUUCAAGAAAAAGAAAAGGAAACAGUUAAUGAGGAAAUAGCUGAACAUCAAAACGCUCCCUCGCAAUCAGCGAAUAGAGAUGAUGAAUCCCCUUACGCUCGAAUACGAGAUCUACCAAAUAUAAAACAUGGCGAUUCUGAUAAUAGUGACGAGGAUAUAAAUAAUGAUUCUAAUCAGUAUGCACAGCGAAAGCUUAGCUUCAUGUCAACUAGAGCAAGACAGGCAUCUCCCUCAAAUAGUGGCGAUGAGUAUGAUCCUGGAAAAAUUGUCCCAAGCAGCAAUACUGGCAGCCAUCCAUCAAGAACUUCCAUGAUCAGUAAAAAUAAUAAUCUUAAUCCCGAUCCGAUGUAUGCAACGGUCAAUAAAAAUAGUAACCGAAUGUUGAAACAACUAACUGUAGAAUCUAAUGCUAGCGAUUUUACAAAUGUAACUAGCCGCAUAAGUUCCGAUAGUAGUGAAGAAAGCCAAAGUGAUGAAGCUGAUGGUGUGAGAGAACGAGGAAUAAUAGAAAAGAAUAGAAGAAAUUCGGGCUCACCAACUAAACGUGAUGCAAUUUUAAUUUCUAACAAAACUGGUAAUGAUCCCAUAGAUGAAAAAUAUGCUGACUCUGAAACUUCAGAAGAGGCUUACACCCAACCUCAAGUCCUUCCUAACCAAAGAGUAACUACUCUAGUAGAUAAAAACAAAUCGAAACACGGUGCAAAUAGUGUCGAUGCUACACCAGCAGAGAACAAGAAAUUUGGGCGAAAGUCAUCACAUAGCUUAACAUCAUCACUAUCUAAUUUUUUUUCAUCGGCUUUAUCUGGUAUUCAUAAUGAUCGAAAUUCUGUCAGUAGCCCCGUAUCACGCAAUCCUAGCCAAAUUUUCACCGAUUAUGAUGGACGAAAACGUAAAGGUGAUGCACCUACCAUAUCUACAACGAAUCGUGGACGACAUCUGAGGAAAUCUGAUUCAUUGGAAUACAAUGAUUUUACUAUCGAUAGUUCACCAAGAAUGGGAAUGAGGGGAAUGGAAUCCGAAAUUAUAUUAUCGCUAGAAAGGCAAAUUAGAGACGUAGAAUCGGAGAAUAAACAGCUGAAAGACACGAAUUCCAUGUUACAGAAAGAAUUAAGUAAUCGUUCACUACCAUUAGCAGAAGAGAAUAUUAAAUCUGAGUUGAUCAACUCUGAUCUAAAACAAGAUAACGAAUUUUUAAAAGUAUUAGUCCAUAAAUUAAACCAAGAACUCGAACGUUAUAAAAUGAAACAAGCUGAAAGUGAAACGGGAAGUCAAGACUUACUGACGGAGAAAAUCAAUGCAGAAGAUAAGCGACUGGUUGAAAUUAAAUCUAGAAAGAAGGAUCAUUUACUUAAAACUUUUUCGGAAGAAGUAAAGGUAUUAAAAGAGCAAAUUGAAGACUUGGUGAGCGAAAAUAAAGCAUUACGAGAGGAAUUGGUAACGAUCAAUGCAACAACUGCUCCAGUUAGUAUAUCAGAUUGGAAUCAAAUACAAGAACAAGCACAGCUCGUUUUACAGGAAAACUCUGUUUUAAAGGAUAGACAAGCAUCAUCUGAAAGUAAUUUACAGGAAAUUACAAGAAAAUAUGCUGAACAAAUUGAUUGCCUCAAUCAGAAUAUUCAAGACUUAAAAGAUAAAAUAUUAGAGAUUGAAUCCAGACCCGACAAACGAAAUGAAAUGCUACUACAGAAAUAUGAAAAAUUAAUUGCCGUGUCUGAUAAGAAAAUUGAUACUCAUGAACAUUUGAGGAUUAUAGAAGAAAAAAAUAGGUCUAUGAUCGAAUUGCAAACGGAAUAUAACAAAAUUAUAACGGAAUUAAAAAAUGACAUCCAGUCUGAAAAGAGGGAAAAGCGGGCUUUAACUCUACAAUUAAUUGAGACUACAGAAGCUGCCGAACAAUUACAAAAAGUAGUGAAAUUAUCACGAUCAGAAAUUGGAAAAAGCCAAAAGAAAAUCAUUGUAUUAAGUAAAAAGUUAGAUUUAGCCGAAGAAAAGGCAAUGCUAACUACAUCCAAUCUAGCUGAUCUUCUCAAAGUGGCUGAAAAAACCACCUUCGAAAGAGAUUUAAUCGCUACAAAGGCCAAGAAACACCGAGAAAAUUAUGAAAAAGCCCAGCGCCAGGUUCAAGAAGGCCAUCUGGAAAUUAAUAAAUUGGAACAAAAACUUCGGCGCUAUGAAAUUACAACCUAUCAGAAAUUGGAUAAGGCUGCAAAUAAGCUGGCCAAGCAAGACAUGAUUCAUGGUGAAAAAUUUAUCGAAUAUCAGUAUGAAAUUGAUCGUUUACAAGAAUUGGUCAAGAACAAAGAUGUCCAACUUGAUUCUCUUCUAGACCAAAAAUGGAAAGUUGAACGACAACUUGAUAACUUAUGGUACGCAGCUACUAAUGAUGCUGAUAGAAUUCCUUUGAAAAAUCAAUAA